CGGCGGGCCGCUGACCCGGAAGCACUCGGCAGCGCGGCGCGGGCGUCUUUCAGCGGGGACGCCUGCUGGGCACCAUGGUCUUCCUCACCACGCAGCUCUGGCUGCGGAGCCGCGUCACCGACCGCUACUGGCGGGUGCAGGAGGUGCUGAAGCACGCGCGGCACUUCCGGGGGAGGAAGAACCGCUGCUACCGGCUGGCCGUCCGGGCUGUGAUCAGAGCGUUUGUGAAAUGCACGAAAGCCCGGAGACGGAAGAGGGGCAUCCUGAGGACGCUCUGGAUUAAUCGAAUCACAGCUGCCUCCCAGGAGCACGGCCUGCAUUACCCAGCGUUCGUUGGCAAUUUAAUUAAGUGCCAGGUGGAGCUCAACCGGAAAGUGCUGGCCGAUCUGGCCAUCUAUGAACCAAAGACUUUUAAAUCCUUGGCUGCUUUGGCCAGAAGGAGGCGAGAGGAAGGAUUUGCCGCCGCCUUGGGGGACGGGAAGGAGCCUGAAGGCAUAUUUUCCAGAGUGGUGCAGUACCACUGAGGGGCCUUCUGCAGCAGCCUCUGCAGCGGCGUCGUAGGAAAAGGCGUUCCCCAUGACCAUCGUGAAAACGGGCGAGAAUCCUUGGCCAGGAACGUGUUAGGUUUGACUUGCAGUUGUGUUACUUGACAUUUCAGUCAAGGAAAGGCCUGUCUGUCCUCCUUGGGACAGACCAGCGGCCGCUUGUAGAUUGUGUCAAUAAAGCUUGUGUGCUGGUCAGCGUU